AUGGCCGAGCAAUACAAUUGUGCGCCUGUUCUUCCGUUUGUGCCGUACAAGUGGCCCUUGGCGCUCGACCUUCUCAUGCGGCAGUACAAGAUCUUGUGCGGCGACCAUACGUUUGAAGAGCUGACGCCGUACUUUGACAUUGCCGCCACCGCACGUGUCCAUUUCUUCGGCGCCACCGGCUAUUUCACCACGGACCCGGACAACAUCGAGGCCAUUCUGUCGACAAACUUCAAGGACUACGGUCUCGGCAGCCGACGCCUGGCCGCAUUUCCGCUCUUGGGCGAGGGCAUCUUCUCACAGGACGGCCCAGCUUGGAAGCACUCGCGGGAGCUCGUCCGACGCCAGUUUUCGCGUGUGCAGAAGCUGGCACCGCAUGCACUGGCGGAGCACGUGGACGAGCUGCUGGCCGACAUCCGCAGCGCUGCCGUGUCUGCGGAUGGCGUCCGCGUCGUGAACCUAAAGCCACUCAUGUUUGAGUACACACUGAACACGACCACGGCGCUGCUAUUUGGCGAGCCGCGCAGCACGAUGGGACAGGACAUGGACAUGGGCAAGGGGAACGCCGUGCGCGACGACUUUGACGCGGCGUGCUUUGCCUUGGGCAUCCGCGUUCGCCUCGCCGAUGGUGCCUGGCUCUACAACCCGCCCAAGUUCCGCACGGCCUGCAAGGCGGUGCGGGACUGGGCCACCUUUUUCGUGGCCAAGGCCAUGCAAUACAAGAACGACUUUGGCGAAGACGCCGCCGCCGAGAAAUACGCCUUUAUCAUUGACCUGUGGCGAGACAUGCAGGACGUGGAGCUCGUCCGUGACCAGCUGCUGCACAUCCUGGUGGCAGGGCAUAUCCUCGACCGUCUCCGAAAUGAAGUUGCCUCCGUCCAAAACAAUAUCCCGCUCACGCGCGACCAGAUUCUGAAACUGCCCUUUCUCCGGUGCUGUUUAAACGAAAGUGAGUUUUCCACCCUCCUGUCGCACUGA